AUGCAAACUCGGGGCUUUGGGAGCAAUAAGCUUGUUCCUUUAGAUCGUGAGAUUGAACGCACAGCUAGGUCACAUCGGAAACGUGCGUCUCAACGUGUGGGAGAGCAGGACAAGACGGAUUCUUUCGUUUUUCCACCAAUUCCACCACAUUCACUAGUUCCACCAUCACCUAUUGAGCUACAACAAGCUGUGAUCACACCUCUUCCUGUGGGUGGUGUUCAUUCAGACUCUGAGGAAUCUUUCAAAUCAAGUGAAGCUGAAGACGAAGAGCAGUUGGUUAACAUGGCAGGAAAUCGUACUUUGAAGCAAUUGACCGCACCUACUGCUGUGCAACAACCCUUGUGCAUCGCUUAUCCUGCUGGGGCACAAGGCUUUGAGCUUAAGUCGGGCAUUCUUCAUCAUCUGCCUAAGUUUCAUGGGUUCUCAACCGAGGAUCCUAAUCUUCAUCUCAAGGAAUUCCAUAUGAUUAUUACAGGGAUGAAGCCUGAAGCAGUUCUUGAAGAGCAUGCUAAGUUGCGUGCCUUUCCAUUCUCUUUGGAAGGGAAGGCAAGGGAGUGGCUGUACAAUCAAUCUCCAGGGUCUAUGAAUUCAUGGGAUCAAGUGCAACAAGCUUUUCUUGAAGAGUACUUUCCGGCUACUAAAGCAGCAAGCAUAAGGAAAGACAUAUGUGCUAUCCGACAGAUGCAUGGAGAGUCCUUUGGGGAGUACUAUGAUAGGUUCAAUCGCUUGAUUUCUUCAUGCCCAAACCAUCAAAUCAGUGAUCAUCUUCUCAUAAUCUAUUUCUAUGAGGGAUUGUGUGGCACAGACCGCAUAAUGCUUGAUGCAGCAAGUGGAGGAGCUUUUGUGGACAAGAUACCUGCCAAUGCACAUGCUUUGUGCAAGAAUAUAGCCUCCAACACUCGUCAAUAUGGAGGGAGAGAUGUGAUACCGCGGCAAAAUGUCAAUGAGGUAAGUUCUACUUCUAAUUUAGAAGCACAAAUAGCUAACCUCACUAAUCUUGUGAAACAGGUGGUGCUACCCAAGCAAGUAUGCGGAGUAUGCUCAAUGAUGGGACAUACAGCUGACAUAUGCCCAUCAUUAAAUGAUCAAGGUGGCUGGGAGCAAGCUAAUGCAAUUGGAGGGUUUCAAGGGCAGCAACGAGCUAAAUAUGAUCCUUUCUCAAAUACCUACAAUCCGGGAUGGAGGGAUCAUCCAAAUUUCCGCUGGAAUAAUAAUGACAAUGUCCUGCAGCCUCAAGGCAACAACUUCAAUCGAUCUCCACCUGGGUUUCAACAAGCAAGGCAACAAGCAUCAUAUCAAGCACCACCUCAACAACAAGGCCAAGGUAUGUCUGUGGAAGAUAUGAUUAAAAAUUUGACUAUUACUGCUACCAACUUGGUGCAGACGACAGCUGCAUAUCAACAAAAGACGGAUAAAGCUAUUGAGAAUCUUGAGCGUCAAGUGACACAAAUUGCAAACAUGGCGGGCCAACAACAUCAACCCGGCAAACUUCCGAGCCAAACGGUUGUGAACCCCAAAGGGGGUUUUGAGAAUGCAAGUGCUAUCACUCUACGAAGUGGAAAAGAAGUCCUAGAGGCUCCAAGGGUGAACAACAGGGAUAGGAAGGCUGUUGAUGCAAAGGAAGAACAAGAAGAAGAACCGGCCACCAAAAACGAUCGAUCGCAGGAACAAAACGAUCGAUCGUUUUCAGUCCCAGAAAGUCACAGAAGCAAAACGAUCGAUCUCACAGCUGAAACGAUCGAUCGUUUAGCCCAUACAUCAGAAACGAUCGAUCGCCCAGAGGAAACGAUCGAUCGUUUGGUCAGGCAUCCGAAAUCUUCCAGAAAUUCCAAGGUAACCCCUGAAGUUCCAGUUUCCACUAAUUCUUCUUCUGUGCCUUUUCCUCGUAGGUUUGCUAAGUCAAAGAAGGAGGAGCUCGAGAAAAACAUUUUGGACACAUUCCGGAAGGUCCAAGUGAACAUACCCUUGCUAGACGCGAUCAAACAGGUUCCAAAAUAUGCUAAGUUCUUGAAAGAACUUUGCACCAAUAAAAGGAAGCUACAAGGGAAUGAAACCGUCGCAGUCAGUGAGAAUAAGGAUGCAAAGCCCACUCGAGAAGCACAACGCAGACUGAAUCCUCCCAUGAUGGAAGUAGUAAAAAAGGAGGUCCUUAAGCUCCUAGAUGUGGGUAUUAUAUACCCUAUUUCAGAUAGCAAGUGGGUAAGCCCUGUGCAAGUUGUUCCAAAGCGGUCAGGGGUGACAGUUGUGAAGAACGAAGCCAAUGAGUUGAUCCCUACACGUGUGCAAACUGGGUGGAGGGUAUGUAUUGACUACCGCAAGCUUAAUGCCACGACACGCAAGGAUCAUUUUCCCCUUCCCUUCAUCGACCAAAUGCUUGAAAGGUUAGCCGGUCAUUCUCAUUAUUGUUUUCUUGAUGGUUAUUCUGGUUAUAAUCAGAUUGCUAUAGCACCUGAGGAUCAAGAAAAGACGACCUUUACUUGUCCAUUUGGGACCUUUGCAUAUCGUCGUAUGCCUUUUGGGCUGUGUAAUGCCCCUGCUACGUUCCAAAGAUGCAUGGUAAGUAUCUUCUCUGACAUGAUUGAAAAGAUAAUUGAAGUUUUCAUGGAUGACUUCUCAGUUUAUGGGGAUUCUUUUGAUGCAUGUUUAGAUAAUCUUUCCCUAGUUUUAAAACGUUGUCAGGAAACUAAUCUGGUCUUAAAUUGGGAGAAGUGCCAUUUUAUGGUACAACAAGGGUUAGUUUUGGGCCAUAUAAUUUCUGCAAAGGGAAUAGAAGUUGAUAAAUCUAAGGUUGAACUUGUUAGCUCUUUACCCCUCCCUACUUCUGUUAGGGAGGUCCGCUCUUUUCUUGGACACGCAGGUUUUUAUCGCAGGUUUAUUCUCGACUUCUCCAAGAUUUCUAGACCGUUGUGUCGCUUGCUUCAAAAGGAUGUAGCCUUUGAGUUUGAUGAAGAGUGCGUGGCUGCAUUCAACAAGUUGAAAGAGUUACUUUCCACCGCACCCAUCAUUCAACCACCGGAUUGGAGUCUUCCAUUUGAACUCAUGUGUGACGCCUCAGAUUAUGCUGUGGGAGCUGUACUUGGGCAGCGUGUGGGGAAAAUCCCCCAUGUCAUCUAUUAUGCAUCUCGGACACUCAAUGAUGCCCAAUUGAAUUACUCCACAACGGAGAAAGAGUUUCUUGCUGUAGUUUUUGCUCUUGAAAAGUUUCGCUCUUAUUUAAUUGGUACUAAGGUUACUAUAUUUUCUGAUCAUGCAGCUCUAAAAUACUUACUUACCAAGAAGGAAGCAAAACCGCGCUUGAUUAGAUGGAUGCUCUUACUCCAAGAAUUCGAUUUGGACAUCAAGGACAAGAAAGGGAGUGAGAAUGUAGUUGCAGACCACUUGAGCAGGCUUAUUCAUAGCUCCAAGGAGGAGGAGGAUGCAUUACCAUUGAGAGAUAGCUUUCCAGACGAGCAACUUUUCCCUAAUCCGGAAAACGUUGAUCCUUGGUACGCAGACAUCGUGAACUACAAAGCUUCCAAGCUGAUUCCGGAUGAUUUGACUCGAGCACAGAAGGAUAAACUCAUCAGAACCGCCAAGCAAUACGUGUGGGAUGACCCCUAUUUAUGGAAGUAUUGUGCUGAUCAAUUGGUAAGAAGGUGCCCUCAUGAUUCUGAAACGAGUGGCCAAGCGGAGGUGUCUAAUCGUGAAAUUAAGCAAAUUUUGGAGAAGACCGUUGGCCCUAGUAGAAAGGAUUGGAGCUUGAGACUUGAUGAUGCGUUAUGGGCAUAUAGAACUGCUUACAAGACACCAAUUGGAAUGUCUCCUUUUCGGUUGGUGUAUGGUAAGCCUUGUCAUCUUCCGGUCGAGCUUGAACAUCGUGCAUGGUGGGCUGUCAGGCAAUUUAAUAUGAACAUCGAUGCAGCUGGUGUGCACAGAAAACUUCAAUUGAACGAGUUAGAGGAAAUCCGCAAUGAUGCGUAUGAAAGUUCUCGUGUUUACAAGGAGAAAACUAAGGCGUUUCAUGAUCGCAUGAUUUCCAGAAAGGAUUUUUCUAUUGGACAGAAAGUCCUUCUCUUUAAUUCUCGCCUUAAACUUUUUCCUGGUAAGUUACGUUCUAGGUGGUUUGGACCCUUUCGUGUUACUAACGUAUAUUCUCAUGGUGCAGUGGAAAUCCAGAACUUCAAGACACAUGAGAAAUUCAAGGUGAAUGGGCAUCGACUCAAGCCAUACUAUGAGACGUUCGUGGAGCAUGAUGUGGAGGACGUACCCCUCCACGACCCGGCUCCUUCUGAGUGA